UCGAUAAUCGUAAUGUGUUUCACACCCAACUUAUCACAACUUGUGGUCGAGUCGUUGGAUUUAAUCACCUAUUAACAGAACAGAAGAGUGAUGUGAAAAUUGCUUUGGUCCUACCGCAACCUUAUCGACCAAAUUUCCACCCGCUGGGCAGGACACAAACAUUCCAUCAGCCAGUCAUUGACAUAUAUCAUGGAAUCCAAUCGAGACCAGGGCUUAGUCCCCGUAUAAAAGAGCCACCGCAUCGAGGGAUUGCAAACAGUUGGGCGUUGGGAGUGGGUCAGAAUGCAGGUCCAGGAAUUCCUUUUUGUGGCCGCGGUCCUAAUGCCCCAGGGCCUCAGGGCAUUGCGAUAUAGCCAGGGCACCGGCGACGAGAACUGCGAGACCCUGAAGUCGGAGAUCCAUUUGAUCAAGGAGGAGUUCGACGAACUGGGAAGGAUGCAGAGGACCUGCAAUGCCGACGUCAUCGUGAACAAGUGCGAGGGAUUGUGCAACAGUCAGGUGCAGCCAUCGGUGAUAACUCCCACGGGGUUUCUGAAAGAGUGCUAUUGCUGCCGCGAAAGCUUCCUCAAGGAAAAGGUCAUCACUUUAACCCACUGCUAUGAUCCGGAUGGAACCCGUCUGAACUCUCCGGAAAUGGGCAGCAUGGAUAUUCGUCUUCGUGAGCCAACCGAAUGCAAGUGCUUCAAAUGCGGCGACUUUACUCGUUAAUGUCCCAUACAUUUAUAAACAAUGAGUAACAAAUUGCAUUUAAAUAUUGAAAAUAGAUCUAAAAUACUCACUUAUUAAACGCCCUCUAAAUGUGCUUAUAUUUGUUUCGAGUAGAUAUGAAGAU